AUGUCAAAAAUUGACGAACUUUCCGUAAUACAUGUGAAUUCGGCAGUGGAAGGUAUGGUUGGAAGCAGGGUAUGGAUGAUAAGAUGGAAUCACAGCGGGUCCCUUCUUGCCAGUUGCGGAGAUGAUAAAACCAUACGUAUAUGGAAGAAAAUUGAUCGUUUACCUUACUUGGAAUGCGCCACGACCAUCGAUGACAGCCACUCGAGGGCUGUUCGUUGUGUAGAGUUCUCUCACUGCGGUCGAUACAUGGCAUCGGCAGGCUUCGACGCUUGUGUUGUCAUCUAUAGCAAGGAGGAGGGCGAGUUUAUGGAAUCAAACAAGUUGGAAGGACACGAAAGCGAGGUCAAAUGCUGCGCAUUCUCACCAUCAGACGAAUUUCUAGCUACCUGUAGUCGCGACAAAAGUGUAUGGUUAUGGCAGAUGGAUGAGGAUGAAGAUUUUCAAAUAUCGUCUGUAUUGCAGUCUCAUACUCAAGAUGUCAAGUUCGUCGCAUGGCAUCCAUCUGAAGAGUUGCUUGUCUCCUGCAGUUACGAUUCGUCCCUAGUAUUUUAUAAAUUUGAUGGUGAGGACUGGAUAAUUCAGCAGAAGAUCCCAGAGGCCCACAAAGGAACAGUAUGGUGUGCCGCGUUCGACUCUGACGGUCACCGCUUUAUAACAGUUGGAGAAGAUCACGUAGUGCAGUUAUGGCGACGUUCCUCUCCGCAACAAUCUGCAGUCAAUGAUAAAUGGCAGUCUGUAGCGAAAUACCUAGUAGAGGAUACCAGAUUACCUUUGUACUCUGUUUCAUGGCAUGUAGUGACUGGCCUUAUUGCUACCGGCGGUGGCGAUGGAAUGAUCCGGUAA